AUGUCCGAGUCUCCUCGCACAGAAAAGGAGCUGUGCCUGACCCGGUACAGCACUCCGGUCCCCGAGCUGGAUGACCACCGCUAUCACAUGGAUGCUCCCCGUAUCGAGGCCCCCAUGGACGAAUCGAGGCAGACCAUGGCCGCUCAGCCACGGCUGAGAGGAUCAAUGACGCCCGAGCGCCCCGAUCUGCUGCAGGCGCACGAUGCCUUGCACGAUGCGACCACCAUCUUCCGAGAUUUUGAGCAGGCGGUGGUGGAUGAUGACCGGUCUGACAAGGAUGUGGCGGUCAUGGGCCGGCGCUUUUCUGUCGACCCGACGGCCAAUUUCCACACUCCGCAGCGCAUCAGCUGCAACCAGCCGGAGCUUGUCAAUAUCGCCAACAUGGGCACUAUCUCUCGAGCCUCAUCAGUGUCCGCUCGGUCCUCCUCGCCGCCGAACUCGGUGGAUGCCUUCGCCGACCCCCGACGCCGCGAACGAGCCAACACAUUGGAAAGCCAGAAAGCGCCGGACCUGGAAACCAUUCUGCAGCUGCAGCGCACCAUCUCAGGUACCGCCCCGCAGGCCCGGCGUCCGACCUUCACCAAUACCGAUGCCGCCCGGCCCACGGCGGGCUCGAUCGCCUGUGAGGUGCCUGAGGAAGCUUGUGUGCCUGCCUAUGAGGAACCAGGCCGCAUCCCUGUCAUUGACUAUGAGGAGCUGGAGGAGUUCGUCGCUUUGAACGAAAGAACGACGUCAAUUGUGAGCCACCACCGCCGACAUAGCCUGAGCUCCCGCAGUCAAGCCCCUCGGAUAUUUCAUGACCUUCGACCUAAUUCGAAGGUCCCGAACGUGGACGAGUUCAAGAAGGCCGAUUCUGCUGAUUCGUCAGAUACCUUUGACGUCAGCGAUGAACCCGAAAAGCCUAAGGUGAUUGAUGAAAAGAAGCUGGUGGAGACCCUUCCGAACAUCAAUCGGCCAACUCGUUUUGGAUUUUUCUCAUCUGAGUCCCAGAGCACCGUCCACGCUACUGAAUUGGGAGAUUUGGUGCUCCCAGGCGAAACUUUCCGGGACCUCUUUGAGCUGGGCCCGGAGGGAGGUGUAUGGUGGUUGGAUGUGGUCAACCCCACCGAGGAAGAACUGGGUGCCAUCUCUCGGGCUUUCAAUAUCCACCCUUUGACCACGGAAGAUAUUCUGACGCAGGAAGCCCGCGAGAAGGUCGAGCUUUUCAAACAAUACUACUUUGUCUGCUUUCGCACGUUCUAUCAGAUGGACAAGACUAGUGAGGAGUUUCUGGAACCGGUCAACUUCUAUAUGGUGGUCUUCCGUGAUGGAGUUCUCACCUUCUCUUUCGAAGAGAACCCUCACUCGUCGAAUGUUCGCAAGCGCAUUGGAAAGUUGCGUGACUAUGUUUCUCUUAGCAGUGACUGGAUUUGUUAUGCUAUGAUUGACGACAUUGUUGAUAGCUUUGGUCCCGUUAUUCGUGACGUUGAGGCCGAGUCCGAGGCCAUUGAGGACCACGUUUUCAUUGCUCGGGUUGACGAUUUUGAGUCAUUUCUUCCACGCAUUGGUGGGCUGCGCAAGAAAGUCAUGAGCUUGAUGCGCCUUCUGGGCGGUAAGGCAGAUGUCAUCCGUGGUUUCUCUAAGCGUUGCAACGAGCAGUAUUCAGUGACUCCGCGUGGUGACAUUGGUCUGUACCUAGGUGAUAUUCAGGAUCACGUCGUGACCAUGAUGUCCAAUCUGGCACAUUUUGAGAAGAUGCUCAGCCGGUCACACACCAACUAUUUGGCCCAGCUGAAUGUCACCAACCUUGUUUUGGGCAACCAUGUCAAUAAGGUCCUCAGCAAGGUCACUUUGAUUGCAACUAUUCUGGUCCCGAUGAACCUGAUCUGCGGUUUGUUCGGCAUGAACGUCGAAGUUCCCGGAAAGAAUACCGGAGGACUUGGGUGGUUCUUCGGUAUCUUGGGUGUGAUGGGAGCGAUUGUCGUUGUCAGCAUAGGUCUUGCUCGGUGGCAGAAGCUGCACCGCCUUGUCUCCCUCCAACAUUCGCGGCCGACUACAUGCAGCCGACCGAAUUGCGCUCUUCAGGAAGAGGUCUGCAGCUGGUGUGUCCAACCACCGCGUGUCCUUGACCCUGCCCCCAACUCCGCCCCUCGACUUCCACUCUCGAAAAACAACUCCCCUAAGCCUGCCUGUCGUCCCGCAAACGCCACAAUUCCGCUUCUCAUGCGCCUACAAUACGUAACCCUGCAGUGCUUCCUGACUGCACAGGUUUUUCCCACCGUAUCUCUUCUAUUCCUUGUCCUUGGGAGCGCAUCCGGUAGUCAUGCUACGGGCACCCGAUCGUUCACUCAAGGGUCAGAGAGCAGCCUGAUCGGCGGGCCGAUCAUUAGUGAUGGAGCGGGAUUCCCUGUCGCACUGGACUCAUUCAAUGGACUAGAGCUUCGGGAUACAACAGGAGAGGAGGGGGACUCCGCCGAGCUGGACCUCGUCCGGAGGGACUACCCUAGUGAUGGUACGUCGCUAGGAAACAACCAGUACCAGAACGGUACGAUUGAGAUUGGGCAAAUACUAUAUUUCUUCGUCACAAAGGAGGUGGUAAACGGGAACAAGUCUACGGGAUCCGUAUCUGGGUUGCCUGCACACCUGAGCUCUCGUGGUCUAGAGUACGACUCCUCCAAUUUGCGACAAGAGCUAAGGAAACGAGAGGGAGAGUUAGUGAAGCGCGAUACGACCGUUUAUCUGUCGAUGACGACGUGCAGCAAGCCGCAAUCCAAUUCAUCGACAGCGCCGGGCUCAUUUCCCCAGCUUGAGAUCUAUUACUCGACCUCCGGGCUUGAGAACCCCGGGCCAGGGAAAGAUGACUCGGAACAAACAAUGAUCGAGGCGAGCGGAGGCUUUGCGAAUGCCAGCAUCAAUGCUAGUGGUGAUAUAUUUAUCGCCUUGGUAGCACCUAAUUCGACGACCUAUACUGGGUCUUACAGUUAUGAAAUUGCAGCAUCUAUCGACGCCCCCUUCCACAGCGUCAAUGACGACGAUGCGUUCCUGUACUUUGUUGAUGCGGAUAAUUCCGCGGCACUCCUUGUGACCGAUAAUCUGACGCAGUCCGAUGCAAACUCGACCAACUAUAAAGAAUGGAUGAGCAUAAAACCGCCCUACAUGAUGUUCGCUCACAACGUCAAUAGCACAGCUCUGGAUGGCCUGCAGCGUUCUUUCUGUGCGCUGAACAGGCUAGCUUCGCUGGGACGGAUCAGCAAUUCAACCACUGUGGGAAUGACAUCACGUGGACUCGGCAGUAAACCAAAAGAGCAAUUCUAUAUCCAGGGGCUCAAUCGAAGUUCCACGUACGAUGGUAUUCUCGCAAUGCGAGGCAAUUCAACAAGCUGGGGAAACGGCAUUGUUGGCGGUGGUGGGCAGGUAUGGAAGGCGAUGAACUUUACCACCAAGACCGAUGACAAUUGUGCUGUGCUCUAUGACCUCGAUUUUUGCUCAGAAGUUGCCUAUGCCGUGCCAUCGAACCCGAACAAGUCUCUUAAGGAGCUCAGCACCAUGUACGACAACUAUGCGUCGAAAUACUACAAAAACUUCACAUACUCGUUACAGCAGGUCCAGUGUUCAGCUGACCAGGAAGCAAUGUAUUCGCUCUCCGUUACCUGUGACGAUUGUGCCUCCGCGUACAAGCAAUGGCUGUGCAGCGUCAGCAUCCCGCGAUGCGCUGACUUUACCAACAAUGCGUCAUACUUAAUGGUGCGCAAUGCCGGGCAGGACUUUAUCAACGGCAGUUCGUUGCCUGCAGAUAGCAUCUACCGGACAUCGGCGGCCACGAACAAGAGCCGUAACGCGCUGAUUGACGCAGAAAUCAAGCCUGGUCCGUACAAGGAGAUCCUGCCUUGCCAGGAUAUCUGCCACACGCUCGUCAAGACAUGUCCGUCUAACCUAGGAUUCGGCUGCCCAACGGGGAAGUAUCUGAACUCAAGUUAUGGAUAUCGCUCCUCGAGUGGCGAUGUCACAUGUAGCUACCCCGGUGCGGCGUAUUAUUUGAAUGUUGGUGCACGGCUGGGAGUCUGGGGCAGCGUGUCUGUGGUUUCUCUAGUCUGGGGGGUUUGGUGUGCUUUCCUGUAA